GCUGUCGUCGUGCCGUUAGAUCUCAUUCAGUUUAUACUUUCGCUCCGGAUAACUUCCAAAUUGUACCGCAAAAAUUUGUCUAAAAAAAAGUUUGAAUAUUUUUUUUUUCUUAAAAAUUUUAUUUUCGGUAUAUUCGAGACGAAAAAAUGUGUUCCCCGUGUGGUCCCUGCAGCCCAUGUGAUCCCUGCUGCGGCCCCUUCGAGUGCUCCCCCAAGUGCUACAAUGCCGCCCAGCUAGAGGCACUGCCGCAGUGUGCCCCACGCAUUCCCCCACCCUUCCCAAAAUGCAUCACGGUCCAACAGCCGCCGCGCAUGAUCUGCAAAAAGCGGGUCGUCUUCACGGAGAAGAUCGUUCCAGAGCCGAUGGUGGUGAACCGAUGCCGGCAGAUCACCAUACCCAAAGUCGUAGACGCCACCAGGGUUAUCAAGGUGCCUAAGCUGAUUUGGGUCUCGCAGAUGGUGCGGGAACCCAGGGUUAUCUACUACCCGUCCAUGAUACCCGAUCCUUACGUGGUGUGCUACCCAAAGCGUGUCUGCGAGCCGAGGGAGGUGUGCCAGUCGAUCUUAUGCCAGCCGAAGCCACAGACCAUCGAUAUUCCACCGCCCAGGGAGUACUGCUGCUAUCCGAAUGGACCCAUCAACUACAAACCCAGUGCCGCUUGUCCGCCGUGCCCAAUCGGUCCGUGUGCUCCGGGGGGACCCUGCUGCCCCCUGCCCUGCUUCUCCACCAACCAGUACCCGGUCGCAGAGGGCCGUUGCGGACCAUGCGGACCCUGUGGACCCGGCUGCGGACCCUGUGGCCCUUGCGGACCAUGCGGACCACGAUGUGGCCCUUGCGGACCAUGCGGUCCCCGAUGUGGACCCUGCGGACCCUGUGGACCGUGCGGACCGUGCGCGGUCCCCAAUUGUGGGCCUUGCGGCCUCACGAUGCCAUCGGGACCGUAUGUACCGGCACCAUGUGGACCCUGCGCUCCUUGUGGUCCGUGCGGACCGCUCAGCAAUAGCCCAUGCGGGCCAUGUGGGCCCUGCGGACCCUGUUCGCCACCGUGUCCCUACGAAUCGCCAGAGUGCGGACCCUGCUACCCGUGUGCCCCAACACCCUGGAACACCCAUUGCGGGCCCGUUGGAGCCUGCGGCCCCCAAGUCCCCUGCGGUCCUUGCGGACCCUGUUAGAAUCGGUAUUGAUUUCAACGUUAUCAGUAUCCUGUCAGCCCUUUUGGAUGUGGACGCCGCCAGGAUUGCCCGUUGUCAUCGCCCAGUGCUCUGUGGACCGUGUCUAUGCCAGAAGAUUGAUAUUCCAAAGUCUUGCCUUAAAAAUUUCUCCAAAGUCUAUAGUUUACUUUGCUUUAUUGUCAACGCAUUGACGACUCAUUGGCUGUAAAUAAACGGAAUUUAAGCGAA